AUGGCGAACCAUCUCAACCGUGUGGCAACACCCUCCAAGCCCUUCUUCGCCGAAGUGCCUAUGACCAACAACGAGUUUGUGAAAGCAGCACUCAGUGGUCCAAGGGCCAAGACGAUGUGGGAACGUAUCGACACAGGACUGAAGAAGAUCAUUGAGACUGUUUUCAGGCAGGUUGUUCGGGAUUGCAACGAAACGACGAAAGGUGGCCCAUUCUACAUCGAUGAGAUUGCCCUGGCAUACCCUACGUAUUGGACCGAGGUUGAGCGGAAGAAGUAUGAAAGACUUGUCAGGGAGGUUUUAUCCACCUUUGAAGAUGAGUGUCUGCGCCAGAGGUGGCACUUUCUGACCGUCCCUGCUGAGAAGGCCGAGCAAUGCUUUUGGAAAGCCAUGAGGGAGCCCCUUGAACGCGCAGCCAAGGAGAUUGCCCGAGCUGCCUCGUUGAAAUACGAUGUUCGUGUGGUGGUGUACGGUGGAAGUGGUCAGAACUCAAUUGUGCAGGCAAAGAUCAAGAAAGCGUGCGAGAAAGUCGGGGUUAAACCCCCCUAUUUCGCACAAAAUGGCUCACGCGCGAAGGAGUAA